GCUAGCCUGUUAACCGCGGAGCUAACAGCCGGAGCGUGUAAUGGCGGCCUCGGUGCUCCUGGGGUCUGCUGCGGACAACACCGGCCUAAACUUCAGCGGAGGAGGCGUGGGCGGCGCGGGGAACUCUGUGACCGCGGGCCCGGGACACCACCACGGCCUCGGAGCCCCGUGGAACCGCUCCCUGGACCGGGCUCUGGAGGAAGCCGCGGCCACCGGGAGCCUCAACCUCAGCGGCAGGAAACUGAAGGAGUUCCCCCCGGGCGCAGCCAACCACGACCUCACGGACACCACCAGGGCCGAUCUGUCGAGGAAUCGUCUGCCUGAGCUCCCUGUGGAGGUGUGUCUCUUUGUGUCUCUGGAGUCUCUGAACCUGUAUCAGAACUGCCUCAGGUCACUGCCCGAGAGUCUGGUCAACCUGCAGGCGCUGACCUCCAUCAACAUCAGUCGGAACCAGCUCUCAGUGCUGCCCCCUGUGGUCUGCUCUCUGCCACUGAAGGUGCUCAUCGCCUGUAACAACAAACUGGUGUCUCUGCCCGAAGAGAUCGGGCAGCUGCGCCACCUCACAGAGCUGGACGUGAGCUGUAAUGAGAUCCAGACGCUGCCUCCUCAGGUCGGCCAGCUGGAGGCGCUACGGGACCUGAACAUCCGCAGGAACCACCUGGUCCGUCUGCCCCCAGAGCUGUCAGAGCUGCCUCUCGUUCGUCUUGAUUUCUCGUGUAAUAAAGUGACCCAGAUUCCCGUUUGUUUCCGACGUUUGAACCAACUCCAGAGCAUCGUCCUGGACAACAACCCCCUGCAGACGCCCCCCGCCCAGAUCUGUAUGAAAGGAAAAGUUCACAUCUUUAAAUAUCUGAAUCUCGAAGCGUCGAAAUCUCCCGCCGAGCUCCCGGAGUUCGACCGACGACCGCUCAACUACAACCACUGUGGAGAUGAGCUGUACCCGGGACGAUCCUACGGAGCUCUGGACUCUGGGUUCAACAGUGUGGACAGUGGAGACAAGCGCUGGUCUGGAAAUGAGCCCUCAGAGGAGGACCUUUCGUCUAAAGUGGCGGAGCUGAGUCGGGAGCAGAGACACAGAGGACUGCACAACGGCGCCCCCUACCCUGAGUCGGAGCAGAUCGACUUCAUCGACAGCAGCGCGACUGAGGAAGAGGAGGAGGAGGGACGAAGGCAGAGUCUGAGCUCACAGUUUAUGGCCUACAUCGAAAAGAGGAUCACCAGAGAGGGCUCUCCAGUGAAGAGUGGAGGGAGCCGCACAGACGAGAGGCGUUUACACAGGAGUGUGGUGGAUGGAGUCUCAGCGCCCUCUGCUGCUCACAUACAGAGGUCCAGUCCCGGUCUUGGUCCUGGGGGGGUGGAGAGGAUGAGGAGAGAGGCUCAACUCGCUGCUCAAAAAUACGACAACGAGAGGCACAAAAACACAAGGACGCACAACACGACCUACACUAAGCUCAAAGCCCAGAGUCCGUCUAAGUCCAGUUCAGAGACUGAGACGUUUCCCUCUCGUCGCUGCACUCACACAGACGACUCGGCUCUGUUCAUGGGCGAGGACAGGACAGCGCUGUCUCCCACAGGGUCUCAGAGCACAGUGUACCCCUGCAGACCAGACAGUUAUCUACACCGACUGAACCACAAAGACGACAAGAGGAGAGGUGAAUCAGCCCCGGCCCCAGAGAAGAGCCCCGCCCUGGAGGGACAAGACGCAGAGCUGGUGGAGCAGCUCCGGAAGAACAUUGAGGCUCGCCUGAAGGUGGCGCUGCCCACAGACCUGGGAGCGGCUCUCACAGAUGGAGUUGUUUUGUGCCAUUUGGCAAAUCACGUCCGACCCCGAUCAGUGCCCAGUAUCCAUGUGCCCUCCCCUGCUGUGCCCAAACUUACAAUGGCGAAGUGUCGCAGGAACGUGGAGAACUUCCUGGAGGCGUGUCGUCGCAUCGGAGUCCCACAGAGCCAGCUGUGUUUGCCGCUGCACAUUUUGGAGGAGAAGGGACUCCCUCUGGUGGCGGGGACGGUCAGUGCGCUGCUGCAGCUGGCCCCACCCCGUCACUCUGUUACCACGACGACCAGCACCACAGCCACGCCCCCCCCCUCCAUGUGAUGUCACGGCGCCACUGCACACGCUCAGUCCACCUCACGCACGACUUCAGGAACACUCGGAUUUUAAACGCUUUUAAACAACGAAGACUUUGAUGGAUUUGGACGAAGAGCAGACACAAGACACAGAGGAUACG